GCGGGCAGUCGGCUCCGCCCCUACCUGUGUAAACCGAUCGGCCCGCGCCUAGCGGAUAAAAGCCGCCGGGUCCCCUGGAGGUCAGCAAGUUCGGUUUUCUUUCGCUCGCCGCUAAGUCCAACAGUGCAGCCGGCAUGUCCACUCACUUUAGUUCCCAGGUCUUCAGCUCGCCUUCCGCCGCCUUGCCGGGGCGCGGUGCCCAGGUGCGCCUGAGCUCUGUGCGCACCGGAGGCAGCAGCCUCUACGGCCUGGGAGCCUCACGGCCGCGCGUGGCCAUUCACUCCGCGUACGGGGGCCCGGUGGGCGCCGGCAUCCACCAGGUCACCAUCAAUCAGAGCCUGCUGGCCCCGCUGCAGGUGGACAUCGACCCCUCCAUCCAGCAGGUGCGCCAGGAGGAGCGCGAGCAGAUCAAGACCCUCAACAACAAGUUCGCCUCUUUCAUCGACAAGGUGCGGUUUCUGGAGCAGCAGAACAAGCUGCUGGAGACCAAGUGGGCACUGCUGCAGGAGCAGAAGUCGGCCAAGAGCAGCUCCCUCCCGGGCAUCUUUGAAGCCCAUAUUGCUGGCCUGCGCAAGCAGCUUGAAGCCCUGCAGUUGGAUGGCAGCCGCCUAGAGGUGGAGCUGCGGAGCACACAGGAUGUUUUGGAAGACUUCAAGAAUAAGUAUGAAGAGGAAAUUAACCGGCGCACGGCUGCUGAGAAUGAGUUUGUGGUGCUGAAAAAGGAUGUGGACAAUGCCUACAUGAACAAGGUGGAGUUGGAGGCCAAGGUGAAUGCCCUGAAUGACGAGAUCAACUUCUUCAGGACCUUCUAUGAGAUGGAGUUGUCAGAGCUGCAGGACCAGAUCUCCGACACAUCCGUGGUACUGUCCAUGGACAACAGCCGCUCCCUGGACCUGGAUGGCAUCAUCGCCGAGGUCAAGGCCCAGUACGAGGAGAUGGCCAACCGCAGCCGGGCCGAGGCCGAGGCCUGGUACCAGACUAAGUUUGAGACCCUCCAGGCCCAGGCUGGGAAGCAUGGAGAUGACCUCCGGAAUACCCGGAAUGAGAUUGCAGAGAUGAACCGGGCCAUCCAGAGGCUGCAGGCUGAGAUCGACAACAUCAAGAACCAGCGUGCCAAGCUGGAGUCUGCCAUCGCUGAGGCUGAGGAGCAUGGGGAGCUGGCACUCAAGGAUGCACGUGCCAAGCAGGAGGAGCUGGAGGCUGCCCUGCAGCGAGCCAAGCAGGACAUGGCCCGGCAGCUUCGAGAGUACCAGGAGCUGUUGAACAUCAAGCUGGCCCUGGACAUUGAGAUUGCCACCUACCGCAAGCUGCUGGAGGGCGAGGAGAGCCGGUUGGACGGAAAUGGAGUGGGAGCCCUGAACAUCUCUGUAGUGAACACCACUGGAGGUGGUGGCGGUGGAUUGACCUUCGGGGGAACCAUGGGCAGCAAUGCCCUGAAAUUCUCAAGCAGCGGAGGGCCUGGGACUCUCAAGGCCUAUUCCAUCAGGACCACGUCUGCCACUCGCAGGAGUACCCUCAACUGAGCCCUGGGUGUGGGGAGAGCCAUACCCCCGCCCCCUAUAGUCACAAGAGGACUCUCACCCUAGUCCUAUUCCUGGUCCCAAGACUGCAAAGCAGUCUGGAAGAUGAUGUCAGAAUAGCUUUCAAUAAACAGCCUCUUUCCGAGGGCUGGAGGAGCCCAUGCCUGGCA